AUGGGCGUUGGUAUAGAUGAUGUUGCCGAACAAGGACCAGGCUUAGCAUUCGUUGCAUAUCCAGAAGCGUUACUUCAGAUGCCUAUACCACAGUUUUGGUCUAUUCUGUUCUUUUUAAUGUUGUUUAUUCUUGGACUCGGCAGUCAAUUUGCUGGUAUAGAGGCUAUUAACACCGCGAUAGUUGACCAGUGGCCUCAAUUAAGGAAGAGGUAUUGGAUGAUAACAGCUUUCACGUGUUUUACUUGUUUUAUUCUUGGAAUUCCGAUGUGUUUUAGUGGCGGUGUUUACUUACUAACACUUCUAGACUGGAACACUGCUUCAUGGGCCAUUCUUCUCAUCGGCAUGGCAGAGAGUAUAGCUGUUGCUUGGAGCUAUGGAAUAAAUAGAGUAAUGAAGGAUUUAGCUUCUAUGAACAUGAAACUCAAUAAAGUGUUAAGAUUUUAUUGGAAAGCAGCCUGGACAGUCACCGUACCAUUAUCAAGUCUUGCAGUUUUAAUAUUUAUAUUCUCUGACUGGUCGCCACCGUCUUACGAAGGAUACGUAUUUCCAUUAUUUGCCGACCUUCUUGGUUGGGCUAUUGGACUAUCGACCUUGGUUUUGUUUCCUGUUGGUGUUGGUUGGGCUUUAUACAAAGGAUAUAGAGGCAAGGAAUUAUUUACACCAACCGAAACCUGGAAACCAGCCGCAAAGUCUUUAGUCAGCUUGGGUAGUAACGCUAAUUCGCUUCCUGAUUCAAAUCAUCAAACCUUUGAUAACGUGGGCUAUAUGUGA